AUGGACCUCAAAUUGUCGUCUAUUCCCAACUCAGUUCCUCAUAACAAAAUGUCAAACACUUGUGACUCGGAUGUAGUGAUCAGUGGAAUGAGUGGUCGGUUCCCACUGUCGGACUCGACCGAUGAGUUCGCCCGCAAUCUCUUCGAUGGCAAAGAUCUGGUCACCGAUGAUGACAGUCGUUGGCCUAAAGGUAUUAAUGAUAUAUCGGGAAGAAUGGGACGAAUCAAGACUUACGACAGAUUUGACGCACAAUUCUUUGGUUAUAACGAAUCGGUGGCUAAAGAAAUAGAUCCACAAUCGAGACUCUUAUUGGAGGUCACAUACGAAGCCAUAAUGGAUGCCGGCAUUCACCCGAAUGAAAUAAAAGGCACACAAACGGGUGUAUAUGUUGGGGCUCUGGUCUAUGGGUUUACCCAAGGAUUCCCGGAGUAUAUACAGAAUGACAGUCCAAAGAGUGUCCGUAACUCCAAUAUGGCUUCGAUGGGAAACGCAAAAUGCCUUUUCGCCCAAAGAAUAUCCUAUGUGUUUGACUUUAAGGGACGCCGUAAAAAACACCUGAGGCGGACAAGAAGGUCAAACUGGCGAAAUAUUGAUUACGCGAUAGUAUGCGGAACACACAUGUCAUUUGAGCCAUUCAUUAAUCAAUGGCAACAAUUGAUUGGCGUUUGUUCUCCGAGAGGAGUGUCCGCAGUAUUUGACGAGUCGGCCGACGGUUAUGUCAAGUCGGAGGCCGUGAGCUGUCUAUUCCUGCAGCGGAGACGCGACGCCCGCCGAGUGUGCGGACACGUAUUGGCCGCUCGUAUAGGUAUGGAUGGGAACAAAAAGUUGGGACAAUUUUAUCCGUCGGGCGAAUCUCAGGCGGCGUUAAUGAGAAUGACAUACAGAAAGGCAAACAUCGAUCCGUUAAGACUGACGUACUUUGAGUCCCACUCGACGGCCACUAAAGCUGGAGAUACCGAAGAAGUGAAGGCCAUAUACAGCGCGUACUGCGAGAACCGGACCAAACCAUUACCGUUGGGGGCCUUAAAGAGCAAUAUGGGUCACUCGGAGGGCGCCUCUGGAGUGGUCUCUAUUGUCAAAGUGUUGAUCGCAUUCGAGAAUCAAUGCAUUCCUCCAAACAUUAACUUUAAUACUUUAAAGCGAGAGUUGAGACCAUAUUUUCCACCCCUUAUGCCUAUUAUUGCAAAAUAUGCUUAUAUUCCAGAUUCGUCAGCCUUUUCUGCUGUUUAUUGGCAAAUGAAACGACAAAAUUUAAUCUUAAGGCACUUAAGGCAUAGGCACAGACGUUUGGCGGCAGUGAAUAACUUCGGAAUCGGCGGCUCUAAUGCACACGUAUUGCUCGAACCCAACCCUAAAGUGGGAACCAGUGAUGGCCUCAGAAUCGCGGAAACCAUUCCCAGAAUUGUUAAUAUUUGCGGACGAACUGAAGAUGCGGUCAAAUAUGUGAUGGAUUUCAUACAAAACAACCCAAAGAGAGUGACGAAUGACUUUUUGGCACUUUUGGCCCACACUAUGAAAUACACGCCUAAUGUUAAUUCAGCCGGAUUUCCGUAUAGGGGUUCACUUAUAAUAAAGAAAGUUUCGGAAGAAAGCAAUGAAAUAAAAUAUAAAUACGAGAGACAAAUAGGAGAAAUGAAAAGUAAAAGUAUAAGACCUCUAUGGCUAGUGUUCCCGGGUUUGGGCGGUCAGUGGCCGGCAAUGGCUAAGGCUUUGAUGACAAUCAAGAUAUUCGCCGAUAAAGUGGAAGAAUGCUAUCAAAUACUACACGAGUUUGGAAUCGAUUUGAAAUAUUAUUUGUUAUCUGAAGACAAAGCAUCGAUGUCUUCAGUAAACGCAAAAUUUUGUUCGACAAUUGCUUUAGAGAUAGCGUUGUUUGAAGUGAUGAAAGCGCUGGACAUCAAACCCGACGGUAUAAUUGGCCACUCGUUCGGAGAGAUAGCCUGCGCUUACGCUGACGGGUGUCUCACCACAAGAGAGGCACUUGUGCUGACGUACGCGCGAGCGAUGGUUUCAAAACAGUUUAAACAUUUGAUACCUAAGGGACUGAUGGCUGUCGUCGGUCUGUCCAAAGAAAAUGUUAUGCAUUUGUGUCCGAAAGAGAUAUUCAUUGCCUGUAAUAACGCCAAAACGGAUGUUGUAUUGAGUGGUCCAAUGAAUGAAAUGAAAGAAUUGAUGAAAACAUUGGAAGAGAACCGAGUAUUUGUGCGACAAUUAGAAAGCAAUGAAAUCCCAUAUCAUUCACAAUAUCUGCAGCCAAUUGUAGAACCGAUGAAACAAAUUAUUAGACAAUAUGUGAAAAUUCGUGAAAUCCGUCCCAAGAAAUGGUUGUCCACUUGUAUUAUGACGGAUGAAAAGAUAUUGUCAGUGAAUUACAUGACCGACGAGUAUUUCGCACACAAUUUGCUAAAUGAGGUUAAAUUUUACGAUCGCUUACAGCAACUGCCCUCCGAUGCGAUUGUGUUAGAGCUGAGCCCACACUCACUCUUCGGCCGCACUGUUGCGGAAACUCUUCCCGACUCUACGUAUAUAUCGCUCAUUAAAAAGGACUCAAACAAUACAAAUAUGGAUAUGUUUUUGUCGGGUUUGACACAACUCUACGAAUUGGGCUUUAAUUUGGCGAUCGAUAAACUCUACUCACGGGUCGAGUGGCCGGUGGCCAGGAAUACGCAGUCCAUCGCAUCGCUUAUCCAAUGGGAUCACAGCCACAGAUAUGUCACUAAACUCUAUCCCCAUAACUAUAACCGUCUGAACGCGUCGGACAUGAAUGAAGUCAUUGAUCCCACUCUAAAAGAGGACGCAUUUUGUUUGGACCACCGAUUGAAUGGUCGGCCAGUAUUUCCGGCCGCAAGAUAUCUGUUAUUAGUUUGGCAAAUGGUUGCAUCCGGUUUGGGCACAUCAUGGUAUAAAUUGUCGGUCAUAUUUGAGAAUGUUCAGUUUAUAAAUUUUGUCCUGCUAUCUGAAACCUCAACAAAUGAAUUGCAAAUCAAAUACAGUCCAAAAUGGUUGCAUCCGGUUUGGGCACAUCAUGAUGAAUUUGCAAUUAUGGAGACCGAGAGGGAAUGCGUUCGCGGAUACAUACGGGUUGUGGCCAACAAUGACAUCGUCCUAAUGGCACAGAACAAACUCAAUGGCGUUGAGCACAGACUCUCUCACUGCGAGUAUAGGCUGGAAAGGGAUGACAUUUAUAAGGAUUUACGUAUUCUGGGCUUAGAUUACGGCACAGAGUUUCAACGUCUCCGUAGAGUCGCUACAAAUGAUUUCAACGAAAUGUACGGAUUGUGUGAAUGGGACGGAAAUAUUGUCACAUUUCUGGACUCAUUGUUUCAUUCGGUGUAUUUGUCGGUAUCCUAUCGUAAGCUUAUGGUACCGGUUGUGGUCAAUAGGAUUAACAUCGAUCCGCAGGUCUUAUUGCGGGCACUCAAACAAAACAGAAUUAUUGAGCAAGACGUUGAAACAACCAAAAUGGACCAUGAUCAUCAAAAUGAUUACAACAUAUCCCCUAAUUUGGAUAUUCCGGGAACUUUACUCAUAAAUACCGGUAGGUUUGCAUUAUUUUCGGCAAAUAUACCGUUUUAUUACAAUAAAAAGCGCAACCAAUUGGUUACGUAUGGCAUCGAAGUACAGGAUUUAAUAACACAACCGAUACCUAGAAAUACUAAUACAAAACACUUAACACUCGAUUCGUAUGAAUUUGUUGCCAACGAAGACAUGGAGGCUAUCGAUGAUUGCCAUAAGAUUGUGAUUGAAGAAUAUCUCGAUGUAAAUAUUAACAAUAAUAAAAAAGACGAUAUCAAUAAUGUUAUGCAGAAUAUUCAGCAGAAUCUAGAAUACAAUUUAAACAAUGAUUUAAUAAAUCAAAUUCAAGCAAAUGAACGCAUCAUUAGAUCUCUCGUUGACAUUGUCUGCGAAAAUAUUCCACAAAAACAUGAAAUAAAAGUCACAGAAAUUAAUUUAAGUAAUAAUUUAUUGGUUAAAGAAGUGGAAGAGUUUAUUAACAAAUUCGUUAUAAUACCCAUUGAUAUCGAUUACAGUAUAUUUGUUAAGGCAAUCAAUGGUGAGAUUGAAGAGUACAAACAUAACGUUAUUGAAUGGGAUUUUAAGAGUUCAUUAAAUUUGAAAUCAAAUCAUUUGAUUAUAUUUCGAGAUUCACAAGAAUUAUGGGAAACAGAUUUGACAGCAUUUGUACAAGACUUGUAUGACUCAAUACAAACCAAUGGAUUCUUAUUAUCUGUAUUUCGGUAUAAGUUUACGGAACCGGAGAUUUUAAUCAUGUCUUUGAAUGAAAAUUUGAAAAUCAAUUGCAAUAAUAAAUCAUUUGAAAAGCGAAUAAACGAUUUUAUAAGCACCGCAAAUAAUAUGGGAUUUCAUUUAAUAAGUAGUAAAUGCGAUACAAUUGCAACGAAAGCCCUAUUGUUAAAAAAAAUCACACCAAUUGUCAAAAUUCCGCAAAAUGACGAAAUAAUUAUAAUAAAUACUGAUUACAAGCAAUGGUUUGAUUUAAUAAAAGCCAAAUUUAUUGAAAAGCGAGAUAAUAAUCAAAACGAUAGACAUGUAUGGCUUGUGGCGAAUGACUCGUGUAUUAACGGAAUCAUAGGUUUAAUGAAUUGUUUGCGAUUAGAACCGGGAGGAGAGGUAUUCCGCUAUAUCUUCCAAGAGAUAAUAAUCAAAACGAUAGACAUGUAUGGCUUGUGGCGAAUGACUCAACCGGGAGGAGAGGUAUUCCGCUAUAUCUUCCAAAUGGACACCAAUACUGACGCUAACAUUGACUUCAAUACUAAACCCUAUUCCGAAAUAUUGGCCAACGAUUUGUUCGCUAAUAUUAUCAAAGGGGGAAAAGUGGGAACUUAUCGACACUUAAAACUUCCCAAAGAUUACGACAAAUGCCUAUCAAAUGAUUAUUAUCUAAAUGUGAGACAAACACGUGAUUUGUCUUCACUUCAAUGGUUUGAUUCUCGAAAUAUUGCUGACGUGAAAGAAAAAUAUUUAACUAAUAAUACAAAAACAUUUCAAAAUAAAGUACAUAUUUAUUACACGGGUUUAACUUUCAAGGAUAUCAUGCAUGCAACCGGUCGUAUUCCAAUGGGACCGGAAAAGCUAUACACCAAUUGUUUAUUUGGUUUUGAAUACGUGGGCCGUAGGGCUGACACCGGGGAACGGGUGAUGGGACUGGAGUUCGGGCGCAUGUUUUGCACGUCAGCCAACGUAGCGGACAAUUAUAUGACUGAUAUUCCCGAACACUGGUCAAUGGCAGAGGCGGUCACUGUGUUGACCACAUAUAGUACUGUACACUACGGGCUCAUCAAAAGGGCAAAUCUUAGAAAAGGCGAAAGUGUUUUGAUUCAUUCGGCGGCGGGAGGUGUGGGUCAGGCGGCUAUCAAUGUGUGUAAACACUAUGAAUGCGAUAUCUAUGCGACGGUCGGCUCCGAAGAGAAGAAACAGUUUUUGAUUAAUGAAUACAAUAUUCCGGAGAAACAGAUAUUCACUUCAAGAGAUAUACUCUUCAAGAAUGAGAUAAUGGAUGCGACGGACGGACAGGGAGUGGAUGUUGUGCUCAAUUCACUGACGGGUGAGAAACUGAGCGCCGGUUUAGAGUGUCUGGCGAUUAGCGGACGGUUUGUAGAGAUAGGAAAGUAUGACAUGUUUUACAAGAAUCAGUUGGCAAUGAAUAACUCCAUUCAUGACAUACAAUUCAUAAGAGUUUUCUUGGAUUACGUUAUUAUGAAUGAUAUCUACUAUUUAAACGAGUUUUACGAUUGGAUGCAUAAGAACAGUACGAAUGGUUGCGUAAAACCAUUGAACUAUACUAUGUUUGAAGCCAAGGAUGCGGACAAAGCGUUUCGUUAUAUGACAAGCGGUAAACACAUCGGAAAAGUCAUCGUAAAUAUGAGGGACGAGGAAAGGGAAAGAACUGCCCUUACAUUCAUUAAACCGGUUCCCAAACUAUUGGUUUCCGUUAAGACUUAUUUCAAUCCAAAUAAAGUUUAUAUAAUAACCGGAGGUUUGGGUGAAAAAUCAAACUAUGGUUUCGGUAACUCUUUAUGCGAACGCAUUUGCGAAGAGAGACGAAGGGAUGGAUUGCAUGGACUGGCCGUACAGUACGGACCCAUCGGUGAUGUGGGAGUGUUUGAGAGCACAUCUAAUAAGUCAUCGUUUGUUUCUACUGUCAAAAAACAACGAAUCCAUUGGUGUUGCGAUGUUUUGGACAAAUUGCUGACAAUUAACAAACCGAUUGUCACGUCAUAUAUAAUACAGGAUAAUUCAAACGAAACGAAAGAAACGGAUGGAAAACAUAAGCGAAUAAUUGUUGACUUUUGGAGAACAGUAGGCAUUGAUCCCAAGUGUACACCAAAUGACACCACUUUAGCCGAUAUUGGAUUGGAUUCAAUGUUUGCCGUAGAAUUGCAACAGGAAUUGAACCGUUCGUACCAUGCUCAUUUAACAAUUACACAGUUAAAAACCAUCACAAUUGGUAUGCUUAAGGAGUUCGAGAGUGGUGUCGAUCAUACACUUCGCGCAUACAUACAAAAGCUGACUAAACAAUAA